AUGGCGGUAAAUCGCAUUCGCGGCGCCUUUGCCGUGCCUCGCAAGGGUGAGACCUUUGAGCUGCGCGCUGGCCUGGUUUCGCAGUACGCAUACGAGCGCAAGGAGUCCAUCCAGAAGACCAUCAUGGCCAUGACGUUGGGCAAGGAUGUGUCGGCGCUCUUCCCCGAUGUGCUCAAAAACAUUGCGACGGCCGAUCUUGAUCAGAAGAAGCUCGUAUACCUCUAUCUGAUGAACUACGCCAAAUCGCAUCCCGACCUUUGCAUUCUCGCCGUUAAUACAUUCGUCCAAGACUCGGAAGAUCCGAAUCCGCUGAUACGAGCACUGGCGAUUCGAACAAUGGGAUGUAUCAGAGUAGAUAAGAUGGUGGAUUAUAUGGAAGAGCCCCUGAGGAAGACAUUGCGAGACGAAUCGCCCUACGUGCGCAAGACAGCUGCUAUCUGCGUCGCCAAACUAUUUGACCUCAACCCGCAGAUGUGUAUCGAAAACGGCUUUUUGGAGGCUCUCCAAGAGCUGAUUGGAGACCCUAACCCCAUGGUUGUCGCCAACUCAGUGACUGCUUUGUCUGAGAUUACCGAGACGGCACCCGAGACGAGGGCACUGAUUGUUACGCCUGUGACGCUGAAGAAGUUGCUUAUGGCUCUUAACGAAUGUACGGAGUGGGGACGAGUCACUAUUCUGACAACCCUGGCCAACUACUCUGCGUCUGAUCAGAAGGAGUCGGAGCAUAUCUGUGAGCGAGUGGCGCCUCAGUUCCAGCAUGUUAACCCUAGUGUGGUUCUUGCAGCUGUCAAGGUCGUUUUCAUUCACAUGAAGGCUCUCAACCCCGAUAGUGUGAGGUCAUACCUCAAAAAGAUGGCCCCUCCUCUGGUUACUUUGGUUGCUUCGCAGCCCGAGGUUCAAUAUGUUGCUUUGAGAAACAUUGACCUUCUCCUCCAGGCUAAGCCCGACAUUCUCAGCAAGGAAAUGCGCGUGUUCUUCUGCAAAUACACUGACCCAGAAUAUGUUAAGCUUCAAAAGUUGGAGAUCAUGGUUAGAAUAGCAAACGAGCACAAUUAUGAGCAGCUUCUCGCCGAGUUGAAGGAAUAUGCCCUGGAAGUGGAUAUGGACUUUGUCCGAAGAGCUGUCAAGGCCAUUGGCCAGGUGGCUAUCAAGAUUGAGAACGCCGCUGAGAAGUGCGUUGCCGCUCUUGAGGAUCUCAUCUCUACCAAGGUCAACUAUGUCGUUCAGGAGGUGAUUGUUGUCAUCAAGGAUAUUCUGCGAAAGUACCCCGGUUACGAGGGUGUUAUCCCUACCCUCUGCAAGCACAUCGACGAAUUGGAUGAGCCCACCGCUCGUGGAUCUCUCAUCUGGAUUGUUGGUGAGUAUGCCGAGAAGAUCAACAACGCAGAUGAGAUUCUGGAGAGUUUUGUCGAGUCUUUUAUGGAAGAAUUCACACAGACGCAAUUGCAAAUUUUGACAGCUGUGGUGAAGCUGUUCCUGAAGAAGCCCGGCAGCAGCCAAGGUCUUGUUCAAAAGGUUCUCCAAGCAGCUACAGCGGAGAACGAUAACCCCGAUAUCCGCGAUAGGGCAUACGUCUACUGGCGUCUGCUCUCCUCAGACCCCGAGGUUGCUAAGAGUAUUGUCCUAUCUCAGAAGCCUACAAUCACAACUACCAUGACGACGCUGCCCCCAGCCCUUCUGGAGCAGCUUCUUACCGAACUUUCUACUCUUGCUUCAGUCUACCACAAGCCUCCGGAGUCAUUUGUUGGCAAGGGUCGCUUCGGUGCCGACGAGAUCCAGCAGGCUGCCAUCCAAGAGCAGAAGCAAAACGCCGAAGAAAACCCCAUUGCUGCUUCAGUUGCCGCAGCUAACUCUAACGGAUCUGGUGGUGCCUCUCAGAACAACAUCGAGAACUUGCUCGAUAUUGACUUCGAUGGUGCGGCACCUGCAUCUCAUGAACAGAACAGUGCUUCGGCAACCCCUGACAGAGUGGCCAGUCCAUCUGCCGGGGCACCCUCGAGCGGUAUGGCUGAUAUGAUGAGCAUGUUUGAUGCGCCGGCGCAACCUUCAGGCGCAGGAGCACCUGCACAAGCUGCAGCUCCCAGGAACAAUAUGAGCGACUUGAUGAAUGGCUUCGAGGGCAUGAACUUUGGUAGCCCAGCAGCUGGUGAGCCUUUGCCAGCAGCCAUGCAGCUGCAGCAGGCCCAAGGAGGACCUCCUCAGCAACCCAAGAAGGAUAGCGAGGACUUGCUGGGACUGUUGUAG